AUGUCGUCCAAGGUCAAGGCUGGUCAGCUCUGGGGCAAGAACAAGGAGCAGCUUGCCAAGCAGCUCGAGGAGUUGAAGUUCGAGCUUAACCAGCUCCGCGUUCAGAAGAUCUCCAACGGUGCCUCCACCAAGACUCAGAGAAUCGGCGAGGUUCGCAAGUCGAUCGCUCGCGUUCUCACCGUCAUCAACGCCAACCAGCGCGCCCAGCUUCGUCUCUUCUACAAGAACAAGAAGUACCUCCCUCUUGACCUGCGCCCCAAGCUCACCCGUGAGAUCCGCCGCCGUCUCACCAAGCACGAGCGUACCCAGACCACCGACAAGCAGCGCAAGCGUGCCAUCCACUUCCCUGCGCGCAAGUUCGCCGUUAAGGUAUGA